CUUCUUUUAACUCUAUUUUCAGUUCUAACCUAGUAUUAAAUUUGUCAAUUCGGUAUUCCCCCUGUUAACCUACUUGCAAAAUGACACAACUAUCAGACUCGGUCAAGAAAGAUGUUGAAUCAUCGGAGAAAGUGAGCCAGCGUGUACGCGACACAUUCACCUCAAGGGAUGAGACAGACCGGACCAAGGAGCAGUACUCACAAUCCAGGGACAAGAAAUCCGAUGAUUCUCCAUCGGAGUCAUCUGAGAGGUCCUCAAGGGAUAAGUCAAGGGAGGCCCUAUAAUUCUCUAGAUGAUUCUAUACCAUAUCAGUAAUCUAAUACCCAGUGCUACUAGGUUCGAACUCCCCUCUAACACAUGCUAUGCUAUGAGUACCAGUGUUGAAUAUUAAGUCUAUGAUGUGUGUCGUUAGGGAUGAGUGGUAAGAUUCUGGUGGUAUAGUGGACUUUAAUCCCUUUUAAUUUUUA